AUGUCAUCACUAACGCCACUCAGCACUCCGCCUUCCACGCCCAGCAUCCGGUCUCCCAUCCCUUCGACCCCAAACACAGCCAGACCUCCCUCCAAACUGGGCGCGACACCCCCACUUACAGCCGAUACAUCGACACCACUCUCCCCAAGCCCUCAACAUGCACAAUAUUUGACGACUUCAGAUCUCAUGUCCCCGUUGUCGCCGCUCCCGCCUGGAGAGACGCCUCCUGUUUCACCCGGAGUGUCACGUAGUGGACGAGGACGAGCGAGAGAUUUGUUGAGGAAACAUUAUGGGUUGGGCGUUGCUGCUGCUACUGGCAGUUUACGGUCGAAAGAUCCUAUGGAUCUUGAUUCGCCGAAUUUUGAUGCAAAGGCGUACUACGAACAUCUUAUAACUACCGCCACGUUACCUGAACUACUGAAGAAGGAAAAUGAAUUAAUUGUAACAGAAAUUAAACAACUCGAUGGAGAACGACAAUCACUCGUUUAUAACCAUCAUCACGAAUUGAUCGCAGCUAGCGACACGAUACAUGCAAUGAAAACGCGAGCGGAAAGCCUGGACGUUGAUCUAGACAAGCUCAUGACCGCAUUUUCGGAAAUAUCGCGACUGAGCGCGGAGGUUUCGGUGGAACCGCAUAAAAGCUAG